UAUCACAGAACUCUCCAAGAAAACCCCACAAAAAUGGACGGAUUACACUACGUCAUCAUCUUCUCCCUGCUAUCAUGCGCUUCACCGGCCAGUUUCACUCGCCGUCACCUCUCUCAAGCUCCUGUUACCGAUCCUUCCACAUUCACUCCCGGUGGCUCUCCGUUCUUCCCAGCUUACGGCUCCUCCUCUCCUCCUCCUCCUCCCCCUCCGGCGCCUCUUCCGCCUCCCGCACCCACAUAUGCCACUUUUCCGGCGAACAUCUCCGCCCUCGUCCUCCCUCGCUCUCCUAAACCUCAUACUACUACCCGUACACUCCUUAUCCCGGCUAUCUCCGCCGUGCUCGCCGUAGCAACAUCAAUCGGCCUGGCAUUAUUUCUCUACGGACGCUGGCGAGGGCAAAACCGUAAUCUCAAAGACUUCGAAUCCAAGAGCGUAGCUUCAUCCGAACAAGCUCCACGUCCCUUUCCAAGAAACACCACUGGAAACAAACUCUCUGUUGCUGCUUCUACCUCCGAUGUUCUCUACCUCGGUAACGUCGUCACUUCCGAGUCCGGUUUCGUCAAACCGGAGUCACCGGAGAUCUGUCCUCUCCCGCCAUUGCCGGCUCGUAGCUUCCUCCAACAUAACCCUGAAUCUAAUCCUCUCACUGAUGAAGAAGAAGAAGAAGAAGAAAACGACGACUUCUACUCGCCUCUCGCCUCUCUAGCUGGUCAAGAAACCGGAAGACAGAGAAACAAUCCGUACAGUAAUUGCUCUCCCUCCUCAGCCUCGGAUUCUCCGGCAAUGUCACCGUCCGUUACGAUUUCUCCGCCGAUGAGCUCGACGGCACCGCAUUGGUCAACUCAGAAUCCUCAGUCUCCGUCGCCGGAGAGACGAGUUAGGAACAAUAAGAGAUAUGGAUCUUCCCUGAGAAUGUUUAGCCUCUGGAAUCAGAACCUAGGAUUCCCACGAAUCUCUUCUGCUUCUACUUCGCCGGAGAGAGGUAUGAUUAGGACCCCCGACGCAUACGCUCGUUCUUCUAUGUACUCAUCGGUUUCCACAACGCCGGAUCGGUUUUUCCGGAAGGUUCUGGAAAGUUCGCCGCCGAGGUGGAAUGAUUUCAGUCGAAAUGUCAAGUCUUUGUUCCUUUCUUCCACUUCUGCGUCACCAGCUAGAGAUUUUUGUAUCAACAUCUCUGAAUCUUCUAGAAAUCUGAAAUCUUCUUGGGAAAUUCCGGAGCUUGAUUCAAGUGAACAAGGCGAAUCGGCUGGUGUUGCUCCUCCUCCACAACGGCCACCGCCGGCAAUGCCGGAGCCGCCUCCUCUUGUGCCACCGUCACAGUCUUUUAUGGUUCAGAAAUCUGGGAAGAAGCUAUCUUUCUCGGAGUUACCACAGAGUUGUUGGGAAGCAACGACAGAGCGACCAAAGCCAAAGCUGAAACCUUUGCCUUGGGACAAAGUCCGACCAAGGUCUUGCCGGAAAAAUACCUGGGACAGUCUUAAAUUCAGCUCUUCAAAUUCUAGCUCAAAACAGAGAAGUCUUAGCUGUGAUCUUCCGAUGCUAAAUCAAGAAGACAGAGUUUUAGACCCAAGGAAGUGUCAGAAUAUUGCUUUUCUGCUUACCACACUUAAGCUCACCACAGAUGAUAUUCGUCAGGCCCUUCGAGAUGGUCAAUAUGAAGUACUCGGUGUUGAACUUCUCGAGAACUUAUCAAGAAUGGCGCCGAGCGAAGAAGAAGAGAAGAAGUUGAAGACCUAUAGCGAUGACUCAGUGAACAAGCUUGCCCCAUCAGAGAGGUUUCUCAAGGAAUUGCUUAAUGUGCCUUUCGUGUUCAAACGGGUUGAUGCAUUGCUCUCUGUUGCUAAUUUUAAUUCCAAAGUUUCGCACUUGAAAAGCUCGUUCGGUGUUAUACAGGCUGCUUGUGUGGAACUACGGAAUAGCAGAAUCUUGUUGAAGCUUAUUGAAGUUGUCUUAGAGACAGGAAUGAAGAGCGGGAAUGCUCAUGACUUCAAACUUGAGGCGCUCCUGGAGCUUAUCGAUAUCAAAUUGUUAGAUGGAAGAACCACUCUCUUGCAGUCUGUUGUACAGAAAAUCAUAGAAUCAGAAGGUAUCAAAGUGCUACAAGUUGUCAGAGAACUCAGUUCAGUACUUGUAGAUGUCAAGAAAUCUGCAGAAAUGGACUAUGGUGUUCUAAGAAGCGACAUGGCAAAGCUUUAUCAAGGAGUCCAGAAAGUUAGUGAAGUUCUGCUGCUGAGUGAGAAGAAUGGACCUAAUGAAGAACAACAAUGGUGGAAAUUCAGGGAAUCGAUGACCCGAUUCUUGGAAACCGCUGUAGAGGAGAUUAAAAAGAUUGAAACAGAAGAUGGUUCCACGCUCUUUGGAGUGAAAGAGAUGACAAAUUAUUUCCAUGGAGAUUCAGCAAAGGAAGAAGCUCAGCUGCUGAGUGUGUUCGUGAUCGUGAGAGACUUUCUGUCCAUUCUAGAUGGAGUAUGCAAGGAUAUGGAGGUGACUCGAGAGUAGAUUACUCUGGCAUAGAUUUCAAGUGGAAUGAAGAACUUAGAAUCUGUCCAAGACUAAUGCAUCGUGUUGCCUCUUAGUUAUGUACUACUUAUGUUUGUCUGAAACGUUGGGAGAUAUUUAGAGGGAUGCAACUUUUACAAACAUAAGUGCUGGCUUGAAGACCAUAUGAAUAUCCAUAAACUCAAACAUAAUUAGAAGAUGUUUUCUAUUCCAUCAUA